AUGGCAAACCCAAUUCAUCUCUUCACUCUCCUCUUUCUACUCUCAUUUUUCUUCGCCGGAACCGUUACAUCCGAAGAGGACUGUGUCUACACGGUAUACUUAAGAACCGGGUCGAUCUUCAAGGCAGGAACAGACUCAAACAUCAUUCUCACGUUGUACAAUGCAAAAGGGUACGGCAUAAAAAUCAACAACCUUGAAGCAUGGGGCGGGUUAAUGGGUCCGGGUUAUAACUACUUCGAGCGGGGCAACCUUGAUAUAUUCAGUGGUAGAGCUCCUUGUUUGGAAGGACCCGUUUGCAAGAUGAACUUGACUUCAGACGGGUCGGGUGAUCAUCACGGUUGGUAUGUUAAUUAUGUUGAGGUAACUACAACUGGGGUCCACUCUCGAUGUGCUCAGAAGCUCUUCACGGUGGAACAAUGGCUGGCUACCGACAAGUCGCCGUAUGAGCUUUCUUUUGUUAAGGACAACUGCCCGUAUACGUUGGGUCAGGCCGAGGCGAAACUGAAGACGGUUGAUGCCGUCGGAUCCAGGUCUGGGUCUGAUUUCUCUAUCUUGGGCUCCACCGUGCGCGUGUAG